GAUGCAUUCGGAAUGUCAUCAUCAUUCACUUCUUUCCUUCAAAUCGUUGAGAAUUGUGACAACUUUCCAUAUCCCAAUAGUUCCAAUUUUCCUACAGAACUCUUUAAUGCUGUUCCAUUAACUUUAAAUAAAACCAAAAUUGGCAUUCUAUUACCUUCUACGGUUGAUACAUUAAGAGAGUAUAACAGUCGUCUCAACCCGGCUCCUUUAGAAAUUAAAGAAAAAUAUGUCACUUUUUCAGCGCAUAUAACCAAUUUCCAAGAACGUACAGAAGCAGUGAAACAAUUAUUUGAUACUUGGAGGUCUGAGAAAAAAUUUGCUGCUUUGGAAGGUUGGCGAGAUGAGCUAUAUCCAGUUUAUGGAGACAUCAAUUAUCCUUCUAAUGUGGCUUUUGUCAUGGAACGCGCAGCCACCCCCAUUUUCGGUAUUCCAACUUUUGGAGUCCAUUUGAAUGGAUACAUCAAAACUCCAGAAGGAAAGAUCAAAAUGUGGAUUGCUAAGCGUGCAUCGACUAAACCCACAUGGCCUGGAAGAUUGGAUAAUACGAUUGCUGGUGGUAUAACUUACCAACUUUCUAUCAAUGAAACUAUUGCAAAAGAGGCAAUGGAAGAAGCAUCUAUACCCGCCAAUAUCGCGAGCACAGCAGUACCAACAGGAGCAAUUACGUAUUUUACUGUUACAAAACUUGGGCUUCAACCAGAAACUCAAUAUAUAUAUGAUUUGGAGUUUCCCGUAGAUAUACAGCCAAAACCUUUAGAUGACGAGGUUGAAUGCUUUUAUUUGUUGGAUGUUGAUGAGGUCAAAAAAAAUCUAUUAGAAGGAAAAUUCAAACCUAACUGUGCAUUAGCCGUUAUUGAUUUUUUUAUUCGGCAUUCUGUAAUAACACCCGACAAAGAACCUGAUUACAUUGAAAUUUUGACUAGAAUACAUAGAAAACUUGAAUUUCCAGGCCCAAAAACGAUUUAG